UGUAUCAGUCGAGUCCUUGUUCAAUUAGAAAAUGGGGACUUCUCCUGGGAAGAAAGUUUUGCUCACCUCCAACGGGGAUGCCAUUUCACACAAUAUUGCCUUCUCUUUGGCCCAGCGGGGAUGCAGUCUGGUCUUGAUGGGAAAGGAGAGCUGUCUGCGGAGCAUUCAACAGAAAAUAAAGGGCUCAUUGGAGGCUGUCGUGCCAGUUGAGGUGGUUGAUGUAGACAUGGAGGACGAGAGAGAAGGAGCUUUUGAUGAAGCAGUGGAUAAGGCAUGCCACAUUUUGGGCAAUCUGGAUGCCUUUGUGCAUUGCUAUACUUAUGAAGGGAAAAUGCAGGAGCAUCUAGAAUUAGCUGAGGAUGAGUUUAAAAAGAUAAUGAAGAGGAACUUUAUGUCUGCAUGGUUUCUGUUAAAUGCUGUUGGCAGAAGAAUGCGAGAUUAUAAGUCAGGAGGUUCCAUCAUAUUUUUGACCUCGAUAAUUGGAGCUGAAAGAGGGAUUUAUCCAGGAGCUGCUGCCUACAGUGCAUGCUCCGCAGCCGUGCAGCAGUUAGCUAGGACAUCGGCUUUGGAGAUUGGUAGAUACCAGAUUAGGGUCAAUGCAAUUGCCCGUGGUUUGCACCUAGAAGAUGAAUAUCCAAUGUUUGUGGGUAUGGAGAGAGCAAAGAAGUUGGUGAAGGAGGCAGCUCCAUUGGAGAGAUGGCUUGAUGUUAAAAACGAUCUGGCUUCAACUGUCAUAUAUUUAAUCAGUGAUGGGUCAAAGUACAUGACAGGCACAACCAUAUUUGUUGAUGGGGCACAGUCUCUGACGAGACCUCGGAUGCGCUCUUAUAUGUGAUUCUUCUCACUGUUAUAUUUUGACAGGCCAUUAGUUGAUUAGGUCUGCUCAUAGGUCGAUUAGCCAAUUAUGUUUCAGAUCGAGUCCAUUUUACUUGUAUAACAGGGUCCACGGCAAAGGUGUUCAUCCUGCAUUCAAUCAAGUGCAGGAAUUGAAUAAGCACCCUACACUCCACAUCUCAGAUAAACUUUCAUUGUCAAAUUCUCUUCCUUAUGAAUCACAAAAAUUGAAUCAGUUCCCUUAC